GGAGCUGCGCAGUUGCAGUCAGCUGACAGUUGUGACCAACCAGCGGGUGUAACAUCUCAAGUGAGGAGACCCUGAACCGAGGAAAAUCCUCCAUCUGUUCUACACUAACGGGGUUUGGCCGCGGAGAACCGGAGAGCCGUUACCUCCGAUCUCCGGCCACGUCCUCCCGCCUCCUGCAGGAUGAGUGUCGGUGCUCCGCGAGGCCUGGCCAGCUCGGGGCAGAAGCCCAUCGCGGAGAUCCUUCACCCUCUGUCCGCCACCGAGGAGCCGCUCUCCGUCUCCGGCGGAGGGGAUAAGGUAGGGUCUUUGGGGCUCUACUAAAACUGAUAUAAUCCUACAACACUCUCGCUUAAACUAGUAACACCAUAACUAUCACAGGGUGGUUUUUUACCCGAAAUAAUAAACCCCCAAAAAAGUACUUGUCAUCAAAAUAUAUCAAAAUAGGACAAUACAUGACAGAUUAAAGUAGUUUUCUUUUAUUUUUAACUGUGCAAUGUCCAAAAGGAGGGAUAAAGGGGCCAUGAGGGGACCAUAUAAAGAUGCAACAAAAUAACUGAAAUUAGACAUUCAUGAACAAAAAAAAAAUAUUAAUAUUUAAACUGAAAACUUAGUCUCUUUUCCACCAUUCCUGGAGCAUGUAAGUCUUCCCUGGUGAAGACUCAGAGUCCUUGGGACAAUAACAGCUGCAGGAGAGAGAACCAAAAUAUGGCAGAUUUUGAGUGAGUAAAAAUGACCAGCUGUGGUUAACUGUGGUUGGACUCAAGCUGGACUCAGUGGAGGAUGUGGUGGAGAGAUCUACACUGAGGAAGGUGGAGUCUAUUCUAAAGAACAUGGAUCACCCACUUCACAACACCUUGAUGGACCAAAGGGCCAAUGGUGGUGGACGGCUCCUCUCUCUUUGCUGCAGGACAGAAAGAUUCAGAAGAUCUUUUGUACCAACAGCCAUCAGACUUUAUAACUCUUGUGUAAAUAGUAGAUAACUUUUAUAGACAUAUUAUGUGAGACAACAGACAAUUGAAUUUCCCUUUGGGGAUUAAAAUAUUCAUAACCACAGCGCUAAAGAAAGAUAGCAUGAAAAUUCCAGGACCACUCUUACUGACCUUAUUUGCUACAUGCAGCUAUCAAAUCCAUCCAAACCUACUUUACCCUCUAUCACCAUUGCAAGCAUCAAAUUUAAAGUAACGUCCAGACUAGACUUAAGGGAAGGAAAUGAACUCAAACAAAAAAUAACUCCGAAACAGGUGGUUACUGUGAACAGUGUUUACACCGUGUUGACUUGAUCGUGUGUUUGACAUGUGGGGCUUUACACACCAGACUCCAAACUGGAGAGUUUAAACAUCAGCCAGGGUGGACUGGGUAAACAAUGAUAGACUGAGCAAACAAAUCAAAAAGCUUUUUUCCCGCUGACAGGUGUUGUUGUACUCAAGGAUAAAAUGCUCACUUACCACUUUGGUUCUGUAGUUCCUGUCACAGAGAUGUUAUUGUGGGUUUUUGCAGUAUAAUGUUACCUGAACUAGAAAGGUGCUGUCUGAUGUUUAUUGGGUCAUUAAAUUCAUUUUUUCCCCGAGUCUGUUAGCAGUAAAAAGAUGUCAACACAUUUAGUAAACAAAUGACUUAAAGUAAGAAAGAGGGCAGGUAACAGAUUGCCUUUUGGCAGGGGUAGAGAUAAGGGCUGGGCGAUAAAAUGAUAAUGAUAUAAAUCGAAAACUAACUUCCCUCAAUAUCAACAUAAAACACGGUCAAUAUGCUCUUCAAUUGUCGGCAUUCCGCCAUGUUUUGGUAGACUAUACGAAUAGCGAAUGAAAAGGGGAGUUGCCCCGGGUCAAACCAAUCAUUUAAACCGUGCUGAAUUACAACCAAGUAGCCGCUUUAGAACCGCUUUCUUUAGCACAACGCCUUAAGAAGAAAUGUCAGAGACACAAAGACCUCACAGAUGAAGUAGCUUAUUGUAUUGCAAAAGAAUGCUACCAAUAAGCACUGCUAAAUUUAAUAUUUUUACAGUGAUAUAUGUCGAUAUUGACUGAUUUGAAAAAAAUAUAUCAUGAUAAACUUCUCCCCAUAUAGCCCAGCCCUAGCCGAGAUUAAUGUGGUCAUGUUCUUGCAAGGAUUUCUUAACAUCACAUUUGUCUUUCCAAGUAACAGAUACCCGAACCACGCCUUUUAAUUUUGUGAGUUUAUGUCUUUUUAACACCAAUCAGAAUGAAGUUGCAGAUGUGACACUAGGACAAUAAUCAUUUGAAUUCCAAGACUGAAACGAUUGUAUUUUAUCGACAUUUCAGGGUAUUAAUGCUAAAGUGCACUAAACAAACUUGGAUCAAGAUGUGUUGCGUCAGUAUGAAACUCUUACCUCAGGAGGUACUUGCCUUAGAAUUUUGCACAACUUAUUGUGUUGCAACAUCUCGAUUCCUAUCUGAUUACUCUGCACUGAAAGUAGAACACAUGAUAUUUCAUUUCAUUGACCUGCUGAUAGGGAUAGAGUUUCUUAACACAAAAAAAAGCAAACAGACAUUAGUGCAUGACUUAUCAUGACUUUGACCAUGUUCGUGCUUUAAGUAUUGUUGAGAUUUUGGAUAUAGGGGUUUGAAUGCAAACUGCUUUAGUGUGACUCCAGGGUGGAAGAUUUAAGUGUCUAUGCUGAAUAGAAAAGGCAGAACUCUGCAUCAUAUCCAUUACUGUGACACAGUAUUGAUUUUUAAAUUCACACAGCUCUCUGUUUAGCUCUUUAUUCAAAUAAAAUCUCUCUCCCCCAUUUACCUCCCACAUUUAUCGUGUGUCUGCUGGGUCUGUGUUGUGGUGGCCUGAUUGUUCAUUCACAGUGAUGUAAUGAUGCAACGCGAUGCAAUUAUCCCAACAGUGAUUACCAGUGCAGGUUAGCACCGUAGUGUAAAAAAGAGCACUUUCAACCUCAGCAGCCUGUCUGUCUGUCUCCCUCUCUGAAUGUUUGUUUAGCAAAAAGGGAAAGAGGUGAAAAGAGGAUGUUUGUGUGUGUGUGUGGGCUGUCAGUGUGUGCGGCUGAGGCAGAGUGUUUCCGUGGAAGUGAGAGCGGAUAGACAGAGGAGUAACACUUCCUGCAACUUCAGAGGGGGACUUUUGUGUGAGGUAGAAAACAGUGAUUUAGGUUGAACAUUAGCUUUCCUGCAUGCACCUUACCCUUGAGGAGAUCUGCCUCUUCUUCACGUGAUGUUUACAGGUAGUGUCAGGAGCUUGGUCACUUAGGUGAAUCAGAAAUGAUAGUGAGAUGAUUAGCUGGUGGUUUUUUGCUGUGCAGUCCUGAGUGUAAAUUUAGUGAGAAAUAAAACUGCAGAUCAACCUCUUCUAGUACACAACAUGACAAAAUCCCAAACCUUGUUUCUUUAUUUUAGACACCCUGUCUACAGCCUCCACUUUUGCCCACUUGUUUACCUUUGAUGAUUCUCUUUGUGUUUGGAUGGAGCCUGUAAGGAAAUAGGUUUUCACUCUGUGUUUGUCAUUAUUACAAAAAAUCAAAAAUAAAAAUUGAAGAGGAAGGACCCGCCUAAACAGCCUGUUUUCAAACCGUUAGACAAGUGUGAUCUCUGAACAGUCUAUAGACACCUCUAGUUGAUUUAACACAGUUUUAAUCAAAUGUUUUUUUAAUCCAAGUACUGAUUGUUAUAUCUGUUAAAUGGCCUUUCAUAGGAAAAUAAAGCUGUUUUUUAUUUAUUUUUUUAAUUAUCACCUGUUAAUCACCAAAAACAAAAUUCUCUUUCCAUUUUAAAUACAUUCUUCUUUUGUUUACCAUACCAGCCAGUGCUCUCCCACUGUUGCAUGUUUUUGUGUUAAGGCUGUGAAAUUGUGUCUGCGGUCCACAGAUGCUCCAUUUCUCUCUCCUCAUCCAUCAUUCAAUUAGAAAAACAGGAGCAGUGUCAGAUGAUGUAGGGUGUGUGUACACAGCAGCAGCCUGAACAAGAGCCCCAAUGAACAAGAGAGACGAGCGCAACAGCAUCAGCAUCGAUCUAUCAGCUCUUUGUUUGCAGCUUCUCUCAUUUGCAGCUUCUAAAAAUUGAUGUCAACCGAUGCCUCUUUUCUUACAGGAAGCCGGGCUGACCAAUGGCACGCCGGUUGAGAAUUCGAGUCCCGCCUCCGCGUCCUCACUUUUCAACAGGCUGCAGCUGGAUGAUGACCUGGAAGCAGACAUCCAGGACCCUUAUGCUCUCACGGAAACCCGUGACCUCUUUGUCACAGUCGACGACCCAAAGAAGCACGUCUCCACCAUGGAGACCUACAUCACCUACAGAGUGUCCACCAAGGUCUGUUAUUGGCUAGUGUCAUGGUAACACUGGUUCUCUUUGGUAAAUUGGGGCUUUAUAGAUAGGGGAGACUAGGGUAAGUUGAGCCACCCCCUGUUGCUUGGAGAUGGUAAAAGAAAUUGAUCAUGUGACCAAAUAUUUAGGAGAUGGGCAUCAAUUCAUGGAGUCUGUAAAGGUUCGAAGCACAUGAGUGAAGGGGUUAGACAUUUAUUUCCAAAAACACACGCACUCAUUCACUCUUGAAAGUGAAUUUAGUCUGUCAUAAGUUUUAUUAGAAUUGUUUUCAGACCAUAAAAGAUCAUUUUAAAUUUGUUUUAUACAUCAAUUGUGGUAUCUAUGAGCUACAACAUGAGGUCAAAAACCUAUAAAAGUCCACCAUUUUAGCUUAGAGGACUAAUAAAGUCACAAUAGUAGUUCAUGUUAAAAUGACUUUUUUCAAAACAGCUUUUUAGCAGUUAUUUGCAAUAUUAAUAAAAAGAAUUAUUGUACUAGUUGAAAAGCGUAUAAUAGAUAAGAAUAUGCAUGAAUGGGAAGAAGUGACUGUUAUUUAGGGAGAGAGAAGGUGAGGGAGGGCUGGGGUAGAGAGUUGGGGGAUAGUAGGGAUACGGCUCAACUCACCGCCGCUCCUAGGGUCAACUUACCCCAAACACAGGGUAAGUUGACUAUAGGAGACCACUUUUUUGGCAUGCUGUAUUAUCAAGACAGUUAUAUUGACACUCAUUCUGUUGGUUUGCAGGGAUGAAAAACAUCUUGAAAUCUAUGCUGAUACACUAGUUAGAGACAAAACUAUGAUUACCUUGAUGUAGUGAUCGGAAACAUGAAAAAUGGCUCAUCUUACCCCACUUUCCCCUACUUGUAGCUGUUUAGCAGGUUUGAGUCAAUUUGCUUGAUGUCUGUGUCAUAGUUUACUGUUUUUAAAGCAUGCAGUUAAUAUCUCGCCGCUAUCUUGAGCUUACUGACUAAUUGUCUGAGCUCCUAAUAUUUUCCAUAUAAUUAUCCAGUUUUCUACUGUUAUAAGAACUUUUUAGUAAUGCAGCCAAAGAAAGCUCUAAAACCAAAAGCUAAGUGCAUGCUAAUAGAAAGUGUUUUAUUUAUUUAUUUGUUUUUUUAAUAGUAGAAACUUGUGUUUUUGUAUUACAUGUAACUCAGUGUCUGUGGCUGCUUCAGUUCAGUAAAGCAUCGUAGCUUUCCAACCAAAGAAACAGAUACAAGGAAGACACUACCUGGAGCUGUCGGUUGGCGUCAUGACGACAGUUGCUAUGUGCACUGUGGCACUUUAGCUCAGAGGCCCUGGACAAAUAUCACAGGCCAAUAUGAACGCUGAGUGUUAAUUGAGAGCAUGUGGGUGGGGGUGGGGGGGUCUUUUACGCUCUCUCGUCAGGGGCAGAGUGUGUGAGUGGGUGUGUUUGCACUUUUAGCUAUACUUCAAACUCAGUAAGCAAUGUACAAUACUCUUUAAUGGCCCAAAGUGAACCCCCCACCCACAUGUUAUGUGCACAUGAGUGCUGCUGUUGUGCGCUUAUUCAUUGUACACGUUGAUGAAAUAUGAAUAGAGUAACUUAGACAAAGAGAAACACACCUGUGUCUGUUUUGGGGUCAUUUUGAAUAAAGGGUGAUUGAUAUGAGCUUUGGCAUGAAUGCAGCUCUCUUAGCGAGGACAACUUUUCACGGUGGAGGAGAAAGCGUAUCUCUGUUUCUACUUCCCCUGAUGAACAGUGAGCAGUGAGCACAGAGCGCUUCUUUUUUGAGGGAGGCAGCCAUGUUUGUUUGAGUCAUCCUCUUUCUAUGGCCAGUUUGUGGUCACUGAGCCUAUAUUUGCUCAGGAUCACUCUCUGUUUCCACUCUCCGACUGAGCGGAGAUAUUCAGAUGUCUUAUACUCUUUCUUGAUGGAUAAAUAACAUUUAAAUUUUGAAUUGAACUGAAUAUUUUAUAGUUUUUUUCUCUGCUAUUGUCUCUUGUGUGUGUUUUUCCCCAGACGACACGAAUAGAGUUUGACCUGCCAGAGUACUGUGUGCGACGGCGUUACCAGGACUUCGACUGGCUAAGGAUCAAGCUGGAGGACAGUCAGCCGACCCACCUUAUCCCUGUAGGUCAAACUAACCACAACAUGUCAGACUCUAAGGUCCUUUUUUUGUUUUUUCCAUCUGUGUUUAUUCCUUCCUCCUUGUCUUUCACUAUUUGUCUCCAGCCUCUGCCGGAAAAGUUUGUAAUGAAAGGCGUAGUCGAUCGUUUUUCAGAAGAGUUUGUGGAGACGAGGAUGAAAGCUCUGGACAAGUUCCUGAAGCGGGUCGCUGAUCAUCCUGUCCUCUCCUUCAACCCACAUCUAAACGCGUUCCUGUCUGCCAAGGUGAGAGCACACGAGGAUGGCAGCUUGGCCGUUUGGUUUUAAGGGGCGUUAGGGGUAAUCUGUAAAGUUUAAUGUCCAACACCAGUGUUUGGGAACAGCAACAAUGUCAGACUGAUGCAGAGUUUGGCAUUGGUCAGCUGUUUUUAUCAGUGGCUGCGUGUCGUGUAGAACAUCUGCCACUCCAGGCAGGGUAAUAAGUUAUCUUUGGGGGUAAAAAUGUUCAGUACUUGUCAACAAGGACUCACUGUGAAGGACAGAAACUUAGAUGGAAAGCAUCAAGUCGUCUCAGCAGCUAUCUGUCAGCAAAAGGCAAUACCAGAAAAUAUAAGGCUCCUGUUUGUGCAGAAUAUGUGUGUAUGUGCGUGCUUUCUCUGCAUCUGCCAUCACUCACAAAUUUGUGUCCAAGUAGAGGAGACACAAGACUUUAUUGAUACUUGUGAGGACAUGAGCUCGCAGCAGCAGUAAAAGAAUCCUAAAAAAAGAGACAGUGGGACAAAAGCGCGUCACAGUAUCAAAGUUGGAAUAAGAUUAAAAAUGCAAAAGCAGGAGCAGCAGGGUUUUCUAAGCAUUAUCAACAACUGUGUAUUUGAUUAUUAGCUUACAUACUUAUGUUUUGAUUGAUUGAUUGAUUGAUUGAUUGAUUGAUUGAUUGAUUGAAGUUUAUUUUGAAGAUAUAAAAAAAAUAAAAUAAAAAAGUGAAGAAUACAACAACAAAUGAUAAAAAGUCAUCCAUGUUCAAAGAGGAGUGGGAAGAAGUCUAAACUUAUGAAGUCCACUCCUUCUCCUACACUGAUUUACAUAUAUAUCAUAAUAUUAUAUAAUAAUAUAAACCAUCAUAAUAAUAUUAGCAAGAAAAAUAAAAGAAAAAUAUUUUUUUAAAAAUUGAAAAAAAAAAAAGUUCAAUCUUUUGUGAUAUCAUUGAAGAAUUUUUACAGUAUGUGGCUUUCCCUGUCUUCUCUGCAGGACUUAAACAAGCGUCAGGGUCUUGCCCUUCUGACCAAAGUGGGCGAGUCAGUGAAACACGUUGCCGGGGGAUACAAGCUACGGGCGAGGCCAGCUGAGUUUUGCGCCAUGGGAGAAUACCUGGACACAUUCAGCCAGAAACUGGGAACAAUUGACCGAAUCGCCCAGAGGAUCCUUAAAGAGCAGUCAGGUAUGAGGCAACAGACCUUUUGUAACCUUCUGAGUCUAACCUGAGUUAUACUGACAGAAAGUAACAAUGGAGUCUUGUUAUUUACAUAAACAUUUAAGGUGGGGAUUUCAUGCUUUUCCACAUUUACAACAAAACCUGCAAAGGGAUAAAGUUUGGUGUCCAUACUAGAUGUACGCAAAGUUUCAAAUCACAUGGUUAACAUAUGUUGUCAUAAUCUUAGGAAUUAGAUGUAAACUGCUCAAAAUCAGUGGCCUGCACGAAGACACAAGACUCACUAAAAUUCUCACAUAGGUAUUAUAGGCUGUUCUUACUAGAUCAUCUGUGCCUCCAGCAAAGCAAAACCACCUGCCUCCAACAGCAUAUGAGGUGACACUCCUCUGCUGCCCAACUGAUCAACCACAAUAGAGGGGGCGGGGUCAAAACAUUGAGCUCUGCCCUCAGCUGGCCUGCGGAAAGCCAGUCAGAAGACAGUAGGCUGGCAAAGACCAGGGCUUAAAGAGACAGCAGCGAAAACGAACUGUGAUAAUGAUUUUUUAAUACACCGUUGUGAGAAUUUUGAGGCUUAUUUUUUUUUAUCUGAAAAUCAUGCAAAGCAAUUAUAAAGGUAUCAGAGAGGAAGUAUAAGUAAGUGUAAGUAAAUGAGAGAUUUAAAAAAUUCAUUAAAAAUAAUUAAAUAUGACUCUAUCCAAAAUAGCACUUAAAUUGUGAAUUUAUAUUCACUAAAAAAAAAUGAACAACUAGAUUAGUAAAAAUAAGAUAAAUGACAAUAAACUUUGUCUGGUAAUUGUUAUACAUAAAUUCACAGACAUUCCAACAUUUUAAAUUUUUAGACCAAAGCAACAUGAAGUUUCUGUUUUGUCUCCUUUUUUUUAACAUUUGGAUUUUUUACAUUGUUUCCCUCUCUUGGAUGUUCCCUUGGCUAACACUGCUUUGACUUACAAACAACGUUACAGAUGUUAGACUGUGUGUUUCAAUCUUAGGAUUUCAAAGGAAACAGGAAGUAGUAUUUUGAAACAGUGGUUACAAAAUCACCCAAUGUUCACUUUACACUACUUCCCUUGGCAGACCCACAUACCGGCUCCUUUUUUAUGUGUGCUCCACAACCUGUAAGUUAGCCAGUGUCACACAGUGGUUUAGCCUUUUGCUGGAUGGCCUACACUCGUCGGUUUUAUGACUUGAUUUGCAGUAUUGACCCACCGAGGGCAGGUGUGUUUGGUUUGAAGAAAAACCCACAAACCUUUGGGCUUUGAGGUUACACAGUUGAUAACUGAUGCGUGUCAAGUGAACAUGUAAAUGUCCGUCACCAAAAUACUUUCUGCCACCAUCUGUUGCGGUUGUACACGUGUUAGAGUCUGUGAAAAGAAAUCUGCAGGGUAAACUAAAGGUCCUGGAUUUCACACCGGAGGAGAUAACAUAGACUCUCUGGAAGUGUAGAUAAUGAAGGCCUGUGAGCUGACACAGUGUGAAACGAGCAAAUGCCACGCAUGCUUGACUCCAGAGCCUGGCGUUCAUCCAUUAUCUUCUCUCAUGUGUGAUUUACAAAUAUAGAUUCUGUUCUUAAACACGCUUAUCCGUCUGUGUUGCCUGUGAGUAAGACACGAAAGCCCAGCGGGGGGUCUGUUUUUCAGUCCAGAUGUUUCUUGUGUUUAUAAGAGAGAAUUAUGUAGACACAGAGAGUUUAAAAGUCACAAAGAAGUACAAAAAAAGUAAGAAAUUGAUUUUCUGAAAAGAACAAAGGCCACAACUUCUUCUUCUCCAGCAUGGAUUUUUUCUUACUACUUGCUUUUCCUUGCUCUUCUCCUGACUAGAGUAUCUGACAGAGCUACGCGAGUACGGCACCGUGUACUCAAGCUGGGCGGGGUCUGAGGAGGAGCUGCAGCACCCCCUGGAGGGCGUAGCCGGCUGUGUGACAACAUGCUGCAGCGCCCUGGAGGAGCAGUGCGAGAACAUGAGCCAGGACUUUCUGCCUGUCCUCAGGGAAUACCUGCUCUACAUAGAGUCCAUGAAGGUGAGGGGUGCGAGGGGCAAAGUUCAGUGAAGCUUCUCUUUGUUGGGUGAUCAGUGAGUUUGCAGGGGUUACAGGUUACAGUUAGCAUUCGUGGCAAAUCAUAGUACAUAGAAAACUUGGAAAAGGUCUUAAUAAGGUCAUUUUAAACUUGUGUAGACCCUUUGCAACACAGAAUCCCAAAUUUUGACUCCAUACUUUUUCUGUUUAGCAGCCAGUAUUCAGAAAAAGCAGAUUUCUUUGGUAUCACACAUUCAGCUACAUUUUGGAUAUACUAUAUUUUCAUCUGUAGCACAGUGCAAAGCCAAAUAAAUGAUGUGAAACUUUGCACCUUUUUUGUUACAUUCUGGUGAAACAUGCUGCACACUAAAAACAUCAUUAGGCGCUCAAAACAACUCCAGCCUGGCCGUCAUGUAUGACCCUGAAUUGAGGAAGAGGCCUCUGAGAUUCUGCAGUCGACAUGUCCUGUCUUGACUCAGCAGAUUUCUCACCUUCUGUCGCACAGAAAAGUUUCAGCGUCACUGAAUGAUGCAGAAAUUGUGCAAAAAAUAAAGCGGUCUGUGUUUUCUCGUAGAAUGUUUUGAGAAAGAGGGACCAGAGCCAGGCGGAGUACGAGGGACGGUUAGAGGCGGCCGUUCUGCGCAAACAAGAAGACAAAACACCAGUAAGUCUGCUUUUUCUUCUCAGGUUAUUAACUCUUCAUGUUUGGUGUUGCAAUCAUUCAGGUUGUUUGUAGCUACUCAAAUUACUCUUAAUAUCCUCUUGCAACCACAUGAUAUAGUAUUUGACCAUUUCAACAGAAGCAUUGCAAGCCCAGACAAAACUUUGUUUUUGCAAGACUGGUUCACAAACUUUCGAUUCGUUAAAACUGAAUGUUAACAAAAGCAGUAUUGCCAAUCUCUCUGGUGUGAUAAGUUGAAUAUAAUAACAAUAAUAAUAAAUUUUAUACAAAGAUGCUUUACAAAAACACGAUUACAAUGUGGAGUAAAACACCAACAAUGUGGAAGAUUUUAAAAAAUAACAUGAAAAGAGGAUAAAAAAACAGUUAACAGGUUAAAAUCCUGUUUAAGCGGGUGUGUUUUUAGGUGAUUUGAAGGUAUGGGGGUCUAUACAGUCUCUGAUGGGUUUGGGGAGUGAAUUCCAGCGGGUGGCGGCGGCAGCGGAGAAGGUUCUGUCCCCCCAAGAAUAUCUUUUGUUCAUAUGCAAAAUUAACCCCACAAGUAAACCAAGAGACUUAGCACAUCUGAGACCAUACGCACUGUGAGAUUAGUUACCAAGACUCAACAUCAGGAGAAGAUUCAGAUUUAGCAAAUUGAGCAGACCCAGAAUCAUGUUAAACAUUCAUCUGCCACAACCAUGUUGGGAGGGAAAUACAGAAAAAGAGCUGAACAACAAGCUUCCCAGAGUGUAAGAUGACCAAUAACUAAAAGUUGUCUGUCACUUUGUCAAAUGUCUGUGUUGCAACCCUCCCUUUUAAAAUUCCUGUACCACCCAGAUCCCGUGGCUGUAGUCCAGUAACUUGUAGUCUUGUAUCAUGUCCCCCAAAGGCCCUUGUAGCUGUAGUUUUUUUUUUUUCUUUCUGUGUCCCUGAAGAUACCAGUGGAAGUAGAGAAAUGCCAGGACAAAGUGGAGUGCUUCAACGCUGACCUGAAGGCAGACUGGGAGCGCUGGCAGAGCAACAAGAGACAAGACUUCAAACAGCUUCUCACAGGCAUGGCCGACAAAAACAUCAACCACUAUGAAAAGGUAUGAAAAGGUAUUCAGUAUAUGACAACAAACCCUAAACUUGUUGACUUUGACUUAUUUAGGGUUGACAAGUUAUGUGACAGAGAUUAAUUUUUCAUCCCUAUUACUAGGGCUGGGAGAUAAAAUUAAUUUCCCUCAAUAUCAGUAAAACAUGGUCAAUAUGCUCUUCGAUAGUCUGCAUUCUGCCAUGUUUAGGUAGACUAUUCAAAAAGGAGAGUUGCUCUGGGUCUGCUUCGCACUGAACCAAUCAUGUGCUGAAUGAGAACCAAGUAGCAAACAACUGCGUAGUAGCAGGCAGCAGCUACACGCAACCAUCGCACUUUGGCACGUGAAGUCGACAGCACUGUCAGUGAGAAAAACAGAAAAUGAGUGCUAAACCGGGCAGAAAUGCGGAUGAAGGCUCAACAGAUGAUGACAUCGUCGACAACACUGGCACGAAAACGUCAGUAUUUUGUUUUUUUGAGGUCAGACAUGAAGCAGAGUAAUGUGAACUGCAAAUUAUGUCAAGUACAUGUUCUCACAAAGUCGGGGAAUACCUCAAAUCUUUUUCACCACCUGAAGCAGUGCCACAUGGCAGAGCAUGCGCAAUGCAAAAGGUUACAAACCCCGAGCGAAGUAAAAAGCCCGUGGCACAAACAGCUGACCACUCAGUCUGAUUUCUUUAGCGAAACACCUUACUUCAAAACGUCAAAGAGAGACGAAGACCUCACAGAUGCAGUAGCUUAUUGUAUUGCGAAAGGCAUGCUACCAAUAAGCACUCUUAAAAUUCAUUUUUUAGAUGGUGACUUGACUGAUAUGCAAAUAAUAUAUUGCGAUAAACUUUUUCCCACAUCGCCAAGCUCUUCCUUUUACAUACAAUUGCUACAGCAUGUUCCUUUGAAAGUAUGCCUCUCAUCUCUGCAACUAUCUCUUCUUUCAUCCCAUUUUUUCGCCUCUACUGGCCGUCUUCAUCCAUCUCCGCUCUCCGCAGAGCCAGGCAGCGUGGGAGUCACUCAUAACUCUUCUCCAGGAGAAACAGACUGAGGACAAAACGAGUGACACGAACUGAAACAUCCCCUCAUGUCCCUACGUUCCCCUCUUUCUGUAUCACUCACUCUGUCAUGCCAAGGAAAAGGACCACGCGGGCAGCAUACAUUUAUUGCUGGACUCCCUCCCCGCUCUCCUGUGAGAUGAUUGUACGGAGGAGAGUUUCUCUGCAAAAGAGGUAACAAACGGUGCAUUCAAGCACAGCGUGGAAAGGGGAGAGACCUACUAUGUACAGACAUUUUCCUUUAUUUUUGUCGUUCUAAUUGACUUUUUUCUACGUCAUGUUUCCAAUUAACGGUCAUUUGCCAAUGCUGCUUGUGUUUAUUUAACCCAGGUCUCAAGAAGUCAUGUUUCUGUUUGUUCAAAUCAGCCAAAUGUGAAAGAAAACUCUGGACCGUGGUAGGAAGUGUUCUGAUCAUCCCUAAUUUUGUUUCCUUAUCAGGUUGAAAAAGCCUCUGAAAAUGUGACACCUCAAAUUAACAAAGAAUAUCUUCUACCUAAUUUAAAGGAUUUACCUGUUUUUUGUAUGUUUAGGUGCCGAAACCAACUACCCAUGAUCCAUUGCUGUUUUCCUAAACUUCAUUAAUUAACUUUAUAGUUUUCCCAGUUUCCCUGCCAACCUUUAUUUUUAUAACAUUCAAAGUAGAAACUUGAAACUCGCCAUAAUCAUCGGUGCUUAAAACACAGCUCUGUUUACAACCAGAGGCAAAAUACAGACAGGGUCAAAGCAGAAGGUCGAGCAACAAGGAUCCAUACAUGUCUUCAGUUACUUUCACUCCAGAUUUCUCAUGGAAAGGGAAACAGCAGGAUGCAUAUCUGAUCCACAUCCUUUUGAAUACAAAGACAUGAAACACAAAGACAUGCAUUUAACAGUGACGAUGCAAAUAUGUGUCUUAGUUGAAUUCAGUGCUUCAUAUCAGGGGAGUGAUUGGUGGAGUGGGACACAGCAGAUAGGCAGAUACAUUUAUGUCUUGACUUUAGUGCAGCAGCACCACCUGGUGGUUUAACUGUUUACAGUUUUGAUUCAUCCUUUUAAACCACUCGCUCAGCUGCCUCUGCUGAUGAGUCUUGGUAUCACUUCUUUUUCCUUUCCCAGUGGACAGUUUGACUAACAGCUGUUUCACCUUUCUUCUUCACUGAAAGGCGUAAACUCUCUGAAACCCCCAUGAAAGCAAACAGAUAAUAACUGGAGGACUAACGAUUUCAAUCUAGCUGAAAUCUGCAUACAACGAAUUAAACAUUCAUCGUCAAUGUUUAUUUAAAUAUCUUGGUGUUGUUGGACACACUGACACUUAUUUGUAGAAAAUGUCUAAAGGAAACAAGCUCUGAAUUUAGAUGUGAAAGUGAGUCUCAAAGACUUGAAAAAAAGUACAGAGUUUAGUGCUCAUAGGUGGACAUCUUUGCAGUAAGGAAUUGCUUAAACAAACAAAGAAAGAGUACUGAAGCAUCUUGGAAAUAUCUGCUUUACCCUGAAAAGCUGCUUAUAAGAGUUUAACAAAAGCAGACUGUUCAGAUCCUGACAUACUGAGCAUUAAACCUAUAAAACACAUGAUUGAGCACAAGAUAAAUGACUCAGUGCUGUGGAAAAGGUUUGGUUAAAAAAAGUGUACACAGGCAUUGGGAAGAUUUGGCCUGGUCCGUGUAGCUGUGACUCAUGGGAAAUAUUAUGAUGAAGAUGAAGUAGCACCACGUCUCUAAAUCACCAGUGCUUUCCCGUCACACAUUUUCCCUCUUCUUGUAAGAAGAUCCGAACUGUUGCUGAUGUGGCCUUACAGAUAGACGCUCUGUUUUAUUUAUAUGUAUUAUCUUUGCUAUACUCUUUUACUGAGGGAGCUUUAACUCACCCAAAAAUGGCUUUCGACCAUAGAGGACUGAAACAGAUGACUGAUAAUAUGAGUUAAUAACAUAUUUCUCCAUCCCUUGCUAAUUUUACAUUUAACUAACGAAUGAUGACCAGGAGGGGCUCAGUGUGACCUCGCUGCCUUGAAGACAUUUACAAAGACUUUGAUUUCACAUACACAUACAAUAAUAAUGUGUGUUUUCAAUUCUACUUUUAGCAUCAUUUCAUUUCAUAAUAAGCUUUUCAGACAUAAGGUGCUUCUUUUUUUUUUUGUCAGUGUACCGAACAGAGAUAUCUGCUGUCUGUAAUUCUUUCAAACGUCAGCUCAUCUUUGAAAGCCCCUUGUUUAGUUUCACAGGAUGAUGUCACCCUCUUCUUUUCAGUGGGUGUUUUAAGGCAGCAGUGAGAGGAAGUGACAGUGGCUGCCUCCAGACAGGGUUUCUGUAUGGUUUGUCAGUUCUCCUUUUAUUUUUCUUACAUCCUUUUUAAAAGCAAAAAAAAAAAAGAAUUUUAAUUUAACAGCUAGUAAAAUGAAGAAAAGCUUUCUGUGCAGCUACAGUGGAUAGUAUGGAUGCGCUGAUGCUAAAUUACGAUACUGAAGAUGUGGAGUCGAGUCUUGUGUGAUAGCUUUCUUCCACAAAUUUUGUAGAGGACUGAAUUUUUUUUCUGAUGGGCGUUUUUUAAGAAUGAUUUUUAAGUUAAAAUUCUCAAAAUCUUCUCAGUUCUCAUUAAAACACUUCAGUUGAGCCACAGCUGUCCUGUCAGGGGUUUAAGCAUCACAUUUAGUUCAGUUAAAGGUACUUACUCACAUACCUUAAGCUAAGAUAAAGGUACAGAAUCAUAUUUUCUCACACCAGCUCGUCCAAACUUUGGAGUCACAUUCAAAAAAAGGCCAUCAUUUCUUUUUGCAGCGUUAGACUUAGAGACACAAUAAGAUGGACGACAGUAUUAUGCACUCAAUCAAAGGAGGAUGAGAUGUAGCAACCUAAUACAAGUUUAAUAAGUGUAGAUUUAUUGUAUUGUCUGGUUCGGAUUGGUUCUGGAGUUUGUUUUAUUCACAGUCGAACUCAUGGCGGUGACAAAAAGGCGUCAGUGCAUCCAUAAACUUUCCUGCUAUCUGGUGUGAAUGGAGGAUUUGUACAGUCCUGACCUGAAAAUGCUCAUUCAGACUGGAAAAAAUUUUCCUCUUGCUUUAAUGGCAACAUACUGUAUAUUGAACAUACUCUGUUGCACAGCUGAAUUAUAUGGCACAGCUGAGUCUAUUUUUGUAUGAAACAGAGGGGUUACUGUUGGGUUUCAACUUCAUACGUGGCAAAUAAAUGAAGAUAUUUUAGGAGGUUUGCACCAAUGAUGUAAAUCUUGAACCAAAAAAUGAGAAAUGAUUUUAUGUUUGUGCUCAUGAGAACCCCAGCAAUAGUUCUUUUUCUUAUUCAGCCAUUAUUAAAACCCCAACUUUUGUAGUGUGCCUGCUGAUUUACUUUUGCACUACGACCCCUGAAAGAAAAAAGAUAAUUUUAGCUUUCUUUCAGGGUCAAAAUUGAUUUUAAAUAAUUUGGUGUUAAGUUGGUUAAGAUUAGUUUAUAUCACAGUUUGGAAACUUGAAUCUGGAAUGUAAAGAAGGGCGUCGUCUGCAAACAGAGACAAUGUUGACUAUAAAGCGGGGAGAGUCUGGUGUUGUUUCGGCUUUUCUUUUCAUAUCAAUUGUUUCUCAGCCAAACACCCCCAGGCUUAUCCUCCUGUUGUCUUUGCGAAAACCUGAUUUGCAGAACCGCCAAAAUUCAUCAACCCUGUCCAAAAGGUUAAAAGGCAGAAAAAUAAUAAACAUGGGACUCCAGCUUGUCUCUUUUCCCCUUCAGUGUGUACUGUUUACGUUCAGAGUUUUUUAUUGUACAUUUGGAUGUUAAUAACAUCUUGUCAUUAUUAUAAAUAAGCUUGUAUAUUGAUGUUGUUUUGAUGCAAUUUAUCUUUACCUCAAAUGACCUUUUGAAUAUAUUGGACCAAUAAUAAAACAACGAAUGCAUUUCAUA